CCCAUUUCCUGUCCUCGAUUUACGUGCAUUACUUUCUUCACGACUUAUUCUCAACUUCAACUCGCCUUACAACAUGAUUUCCGCUAUCUUCGACAGUGCUGCCCAUGUCACCGUCGCUGGGUGCCUCGGAGCCUUCUUUUUCAAACAUACUGUGGUGGAUCGCACGACCAAGGCCGUCAAAGAAGCGGAGAACAUAACCGCUGGCCUCGUUAUAUCCGAAUUAUGUAUAUCUGUUGCGGCCCUAGUUCUAGCUUCCCACAGGACCGCCCACAUAAUCCUCAGUAAAGAAGCUCAAUUCCCUCCGAAGCACAAUUUGGCCGAGCUCAACGCGCCUCUCAUCUGCAAGAAAGUAUUCGAUAUCUCUACUGCAUCAAAACUAAUUUCAUCAAAUCCAAUUUUAACCGAAUCUUGCAGCACUACUAGUACGCCAUGCCUGCCAUUAACUUCACCGAACCCCAUUGCAAAUGACUCCGACUACUGUACUUCGCCAUCUACAUGUCCAACACUAUGCACGCCAACACUGCCGCCCUCACCUGUUCAAAAUGCCAAGCGCCUCUCAAUCGAUUCUGACACUACUCUUGUUGACCACGAUAAUGAUUUCGUGAGGGAUCUCUCUGACGCAGAAAUUCAGGAAAGCACUUGUCCCCAGGACGACGAUGACUUGACUGGACCCUCUCCGAGUCAACGGACGCAGCUCCAGCCGAUCAUCCCAGAGGACGGACCACCGACGACCACCGACAUUUCGCUUCUUGUGGACGCUUCGACUCAAAUGACCACAACACCCUUUCUCGGCAGCAUCAUGCCUCAGAUUGUCUCGCCUCAGCUGAAACCCCCAGAUACGAAACGGCAUCGGAAUUUCCGCCCGGGCAGAGACAAGCAUGUGUCUAGAUCCAUACGCGUGGUCGCUGUCCGUGGCAGCAUCGAACGCGCUUACGCUAAGCAACAAGUGGAACACACUGCUAUCAUAGAUCACCUUGAACAACUGCACAACGAUCUCCUCGCCGACCAAACCGCUCUUGUCGACGGCUGGGCAGUUGCCAUGUCCCAGCUUGGACUCACCUCUGCGCUGUCGCCUGCCUCACAGCCUCUGCACCGGAAUACGCCCAACCCAGGAAUCUCGAUCGACAUUAUUCAAGACUGACAUAUUUACUAUGCACAUCGCUACUCCUCAGGUCCCCUACGACCAAAUACCGAAGACCUGCAACGGCCUCCCUCGCUGUCCCCUACGACCUGGAGCUUCAUUGCCCGCGAGGUUGAAGGCCACCGCUGGCCGCGCACGAUCUAUCUCUCCGCGCCGCCUGUAUAUCUCUGCAGUCUUCGAU